AUGACUAACACAUACACAGUACAAGAACUCACUCCUGCCCAAUUGCAGAUUAUUCGCGACACCAUUCCAAUUUUGGAACUGAGUGGUGAAGCGUUGACUGCGAAAUUCUACUCCAACAUGCUUCAAAACAACCCUGAAGUGCGCCCCUUCUUCAACCCCUCAGACCAGACCACCCACAGACAACCCAAGAUCCUUGCCUUUGCAUUGUUGCAGUAUGCCAAACAUAUCGAGGACUUGGGCGUUCUCCAAGGGUUUGUGUCGCAAAUUGUGUCAAAACACGUCGGUUUGCAAGUGAAGGCUGAGCACUAUCCUAUUGUGGGAAACAACUUGAUUGCCACCAUGGGCGAGCUCUUGGGGCCUGAAAUCGCUACUCCUGAGUUCGUUGCCGCCUGGGCUACUGCCUACGGUAAUUUGGCUGCGAUUUUGAUUGGAUUAGAAAAGGAAGAAUACCUGCACAAUCCAUGGGACGGAUUCCGCGACUUCAUAGUCACCAGGAUCGAGUCGGAGUGUGCAGACGUCAAGUCGGUGUACUUCAAGCCUAAGGACCCCGAGCACAAGAUCUCUGCUCCCAAGAGGGGCCAGUACGUGUGCAUUCGUUGGACGGUGCCGGGAAUCAGCCACGAGACCAGCCGCGAGUAUUCACUCUCCGAGUAUCCCAAAGACGGACAUUACAGGAUCAGUGUCAGGUUGAUUCCGGACGGAGCCGUUUCCGGAUACGUGCACCAUAACUUAAAGGUUGGCGAUACCCUCAAGGUGGCUCCACCAUGCGGCAACUUUGUGUACGAAGAGGGAAAGAAAGACGUGGUGCUCUUGGUGGGAGGCAUCGGGAUCACGCCACUCAUCAGCAUCUUGGAGCAGGCAUUGGCAGACGGCAGAAAAGUCAAGAUGUUGUACUCGAACCGAAAUGAAAAAUCGCGGGCAUUUGGAGAGUACUUGGAGAGCUUAAAGGCCCAAGGGUUGGAGUUGGUGGAGUUUUUCUCGGAAAAUGGCCACAAGUUGCAGGAGCAAGACUUGCAAUUCGUGACUUCCGAGCACGACGUGUAUCUCCUCGGACCACGUCCCUACAUGAAGUUUGUCAAGGAUGCACUUGCAAAGCGAGAAAUCAACGAUGUGCACUUAGAGUUUUUCGGACCCGUGGAAGUGUGA